GAGGCCUGCCUGGUGAUGGGAAGGCACGAGACGGCCCCUCCAGCAAGCCUCCCAGCCUGCUGUGCCCCGGGAGGCCUGCAGCUCCCUCCCCAGACUACUGGCAAGACCGCCAAAGAUGCCUGCUCGGUGCCCGUGUCCGAGAUCAUCGCGGUGGAGGAGACGGAGGCGCAGGGGAAGCACUACACCAGCGGCCGGUGGCAGAGAAUGGAGAAGCCGUUCGCAUUCACGGUGCACUGCGUGAAGCGUGCCCGGCACCACCGCUGGAAGUGGGCGCAGGUGACCUUCUGGAGCUCAGACGAGCAGCUGUGUCACCGGUGGCUGCAGGCGCUGCGGGAGCUGCUGGCGGGGCUGACAUGCAGACCGAAGAACUUGCUGGUGUUCAUUAACCCCUUCGGGGGAAAGGGCCAAGGCAAACGGAUAUACGAGAGAAAAGUGGCACCUCUGUUCUCUCUGGCUUCCAUCUCCACUGACAUCAUUGUCACUGAGCACGCGAACCAAGCCAGGGAGACCUUGUACGAGAUCAGCCUAGACAAGUACGACGGCCUGGUCUGUGUCGGUGGCGACGGCAUGUUCAGCGAGGUGCUGCACGGUCUCAUUGGGAGGACGCAGAGGAACGCUGGUGUGGACCAGAACCACCCCCGGGCUGUGCUGGUGCCCAGCCCGCUCAGGAUCGGCAUCAUCCCCGCAGGCUCCACGGACUGCGUGUGCUACUCCACCGUGGGCACGAACGACGCGGAGACGUCGGCGCUGCACAUCAUCGUCGGGGACUCGCUGGCCAUGGACGUGUCCUCCGUGCACCACAACAGCUCGCUGCUGCGGUACUCGGUGUCCCUGCUGGGCUACGGCUUCUACGGGGACCUGAUCAAGGACAGCGAGAAGAAGCGGUGGAUGGGGCUGGCCAGGUACGACUUCGCAGGUGUCAAGACCUUCCUGUCGCAUCACUACUACGAAGGGACGGUGUCCUUCCUGCCGGCGCAGCACACGGUGGGGUCGCCGCGGGACAAGAAGCCCUGCCGGGCAGGGUGCUUUGUGUGCAGGCAGAGCAAGCGCCAGCUGGAGGAGGAACAGAAGAAGGCUCUGUAUGGCCUGGAGAGCACCGAGGAGGUGGAGGAGUGGCAGGUCAUCUGCGGGAAGUUUCUGGCCAUCAAUGCCGCCAACAUGUCCUGUGCGUGUCCACGGAGCCCCAGCGGGCUGUCCCCAGCUGCCCACCUAGGAGAUGGGGCUUCUGACCUCAUCCUCAUCCGGAAGUGCUCCCGAUUGGACUUCCUGAGGUUCCUCGUCAGGCUCACAAACCAGUGCGAUCAGUUUGACUUCACUUUUGUUGAAGUUUACCGCGUCAAGAGAUUCCAGUUCACCUCGAAGCACAUGGAGGACGAGGACAGUGACCUUGCGGAACGGGGCAAGCAGCGACUCGGGCAGAUCUGCACCGACAGCCCCUCCUGCUGCUGCCCGGCCAGCGGCAGCUCCUGGAACUGCGAUGGGGAGGUGCUGCACAGCCCCUCUGUCGAGGUCAGGGUCCACUGCCAGCUGGUCCGACUCUUUGCCCGAGGAAUCGAGGAGAACCCUAAGCAGGAAUCAGACAGCUGAGGAGCUGCUACACCUCAUCCACCUCACACCAGGGAAGUGUGAAAAUUAUUUCAGAGAAUUACUACAGACCAAUUAUGUGGAUAUAUACAUUUACAUUUAGAAAUUUAUUUUUGAUAGGUAAAUCUUGGUUUUAGGAAAAAUACCCUUGUCAACAGUUUUGUGCACAUCUCUGUCAUCCAGAGUUUCUGGGAAUCUGAGCUGCGUCUCACAUAACUUAUUCUCCGCAGGCAGCGCUUGCUGAUUUGGGGACAUUGGCUUCUUAGAUUGUAACAAUCCCGACAACGCAGGUCGAAAGCAGCCCUUUAGUGGCUCUAUUGCAAUAAUUUUAGAGACAUCAUAAUAUGAGCACUGCUCAAAAAUCAGGUCACCCCAUCUGGACACAAGGUAACUAGCGUGUCGUUCUGACCCACCGUGCAGAACUUGUGCCUGGAACUCGGAGUGCGUCUGGCAAGCUGAUGGCUCUUCGGCUUCACCUUCGUGUCCGUCCUCCUCUGUGCUCAGGGUGUCGCUGUGCGACCCUCGCGGUGUGGCGCAGCCCUAGUGCAGUGUCGGCCUGAGGACAGUGGCACGUUGGGAGCCCCGCCACUGAGAGGCACGGGUGAUACGUGAUCUUUACGAUCUCUGUGCCGGCUUCCGGCACAGCGGCGAGGGCGGUGGUGGCAGCGGCGGCAGGGGCAUCUGCCCGACAAUCCAGCAGGGAGCAACUCAGGCGCUCUGCUCUCCGGGGCGGGGCUCUGCAGACAGGCAGUCUGUCCAACCAGGCUGAAUCCCGAUGGCUCACGCUGACAGUGUGGUAACACAGCUGGGCUGUGUGGGGGAACAAACGCAGCUGGCUUUCGACAGGCAGGAAAUUCACAGGGGGUGAAGUACGUGGACUUCACACCGAAGACCCCUGUCUUCAUGGGGCCCCGGCGGUGUCCUGUUCCAGCAGGAUUGCUUUGGCACAGGCCCUGACCUCUGUCCUCCAGUCUAGAGUUUUGACUUUUGUUUAUUUAUUGGAAGUUUUGUCCUCGGCAAUCUGAAGAGCAUAAACGGUGUCUUUGCUUUGUUUUGUCUCUGCACUCUGGGGGACACUUGGUUCCUGCUCAGCCUUGGGUAGGGGCCGGGGCUUCCCCAGGCCUCGUGUGGCAGUGGGUGGCCCUUAGCUGGGUGCCCGGCUUUACUUUGUUUUCAGGCUGUGUCUGAUAAGAUGUGUGUGAAGUAGUUUUAUUUGAAAUACAAGAAUGUGCCGCUUAAACCUGACCCGUGAGGAACAGAGGCUGUCACUGAAUAGGGUCUCGUGCGUGGCUGCAGGUUGAGGGUCCACACGGGGUCCCCUAGUCGCUAUAGCAAUUGACAGUAGCUAUUUUUAGAUUUCUUGCAUUGAUUUAUAUCAUAAAAGCAUAUAUGACAUUUCCUGUGUCAUCAUUCAGUCCCACCCAGACAAAAAGGCAGCUUUCCAGGUGGCUUCUAAGUGGACCACGUUUGCACGGGUCAUCGUGUGAGCGGGACGGCUGAAGAGGUGGUGGUGGAGUGAAAGUCUUGGUAGAAAGAGUGAACACACUGCUCCUUCCACUCGCGUCUGUUCCUGCUUGGGAGAAGCCGAGCAUUGGACUGGCAGUUCUUGCUGGGGCAGGGAACUCUGUGCCCAGCAGGCAGCAGGCCUGGUGCACGCUUGGGGCAUGCCCUCCUGGAGUCCCACCUGGGCUGACAGCCUGGCACCUGCUGCCCUCAGGGUGUGCCAGCAUCCUCGGCGACCUCAGACCAAAGACCCAGGUGAGAGACGCUCUGGAGCUGCUGCUCAGUCGGAGGCAACGUGGAGAACCGAAGGGUUUGAACUGUUUCAGGCUCCUCGAGAGCAUCUGACGCCAGAAGGCCCUGGGACGGGGGCUGGAGGAAGGCGGUGGCGGGAUGGGGUCUUGUGGAGGGCUGGGCUGUGUGGCCAGCCAUCACGUGUGUGCCGGGGCCCAGCAGUGGGCAGUGCUGAACAGCGGCUCCUGUGCCGGAGAUGCUGGGGGAAGAGGGCUCGUGUCUCUAAUCUUGCUGGUCUCAAGAUUAGAAUACAACGUAUUUGCUCUGGUAUGUUUGCGAAGACAAAAAUAAAGUACUUUGGGCAGAAUUUA